AUGGCCCCCACACGCCCCGCAACGACGGGAUACGAACGCCUCGCCCAAGCCGACCGAUUUAGCGAUGACUCGGAUGACGAUGAUCUCGCCCAGAGCUUUUCUUCUCUACAACCUCCACGCGCCCAAUAUAGUUCCUCACAAUACGCGCGUUCUGACCGAGGAGCUGGUCGGUCCGGAUAUCGUAAUCGGCGUGGAAGCAACGCCGGCGUCGACUUGAAGGCUAUCAAUGCCAGACUGGAGAAAUGGGCCGAUGAAAUUGCUUCCAAGUUCAAGCGUACAAGAGCCACAACCCCCGGCGAGGAGGAACGGUUAGAGAUACAUCACUCAGUGUUUCGAUCUCCCGAAGGAAUCCGGCCCGUCACACCCGGAGAGCUUGCCGAGUACCAAGCAGCCAUGUCUAAACAAGAGUUUGAGGAAAUUGUCGAUAGCGUAAGGACCGCUAUUGAGCAAGGAGUGCACCCCCGGAUGAUUUCCCAGGGAAGCUCGGGUAGCUACUUCGCUCGGAAUACGUCGGGAAAGGUGGUAGGUGUCUUCAAGCCGAAGGAUGAAGAGCCUUAUGCAGCCGGAAACCCAAAGUGGAAUAAAUGGAUACACCGAAACCUCUUCCCUUGCUGCUUUGGCCGAGCGUGCCUCAUUCCGAAUCUGUCGUACGUCAGUGAAGCUGCUGCCUACACAUUAGACUGCCAAUUGCAGACCAACCUGGUACCCUACACCGACGUUGUCUACCUCUCAUCUAAAUCGUUCCACUAUCCAUUCUGGGACCGACACAGCUUCUACCGCAAGAAGAAGCCCCUCCCCUCCAAACCCGGAAGCUUCCAGGUCUUCCUUAAGGGCUUCAAGGAUGCCAACGUCUUCCUCCGCGAGCACCCUUGGCCCGAUCAGUAUCUGUCCGGAUUUCGCACAAACGACUCCCACAGGAAGCGAAGGAGGAGAUGGGCAGAUAACUGCCGACCCAGCCGGUCAUCACCUGCCGGUGACUCGGACAGUGAAGGGGAAUCGGCGGAGGCUCUUUCACCAGGGCCUAACCAUUUUGUCUGGACGGAAACUUUGAAGCAGUCAUUUAGAGAAGAGUUGGAGAAGCUCGUCAUUUUGGAUUACAUCAUGAGAAACACGGAUCGAGGGCUGGAUAAUUGGAUGGUUAAGGUCGAUUGGGAGACCCAGCAAGUAUCCAUCACCUCGGAACCUAUACAAAUGAACCUAAGGGAUGGGGAGGAGGAAGACUCCGUUGGGCCUCGGCCAUACGAGCUCCGCAAGGUCUUCCAAAUCGACCCCGAUUUCAAGGAACGCAUGUUCGCAAAGCAAAUCGCCGUUAUGAAGGGCCAAGCGUGGAACGUGGUCGAAACGCUCAAAACGCCCGACCACGGCCCUCUCGAACUCACCCGCCGCGCCAAGGUUUGCGUCUGGGAUGACCUCGUGGACGUUCCCGUCGCGGUGCCCAUGCGCGUGACAUCGUCCGAAUUCCGCCGCGGCUCAACCCACCGGCGCGACUCGAUAGACGAAAUGGACAUUGGCGCCGUAGCUUCGUCUGCGCCGACGACCGUUUCGGACGGCGACCUUCUUGGUGUCGCCGCGAGUCCGCCGCCAGCUGAUAUGCCCCAUCCCGGCCGCUUCGAGCUGACCCCCUCGGGCGAUGACGGCCGGUCUCCGGAUGAGGUCUCUGUGAACGCUGCUCCCAAUUCGAAACGGCCAGUGCCUCCGAGGAAAGCUGACUCCGAGUCCGAGCCUGCUACCGGCUCGAGGCCGAGAAUGAGCUACCAGGGUCCGUCGAGGGCGGCCCUUAACAUGUACGCGCCGCCGAGGCAUAUUCGACGGUACUCACAUGCGGCGCUGGCCUCGAAGAGGACGAAUAGCAUAGCGCAGCAACUCUACGGUGACGUUCUUGAUGAGGACGACCUCGAGGGAGAUCUUGGCUACGCUGCUGCGGAGGGCAUGGAGGGGAUUCACCGCAAGGUCAUUGUUGAGCGGUUGGAGAUGGUGAAGUCAAAGAAUCCAGUUUUCAGCUGCUGGUAA